UAUCUGCUUUUGUUCAACCAUAAAAGUUAGGGUUUGAAGUACUCCCCAAUAGUGCAUCCCCUUAGUGAUCAACGAUCCAUUGCCCAUGCGCAUCUAGAGAGAGAGAGAGAGAGAGAGAGAGAGAGAGAGAGAGAUAAAUAGAGAGAGAGAGAGAGGGAGGGUAGUGCAUGUCCGAGUUAGUUACCUAGUUAACUUGGGGAGAAAAAUGGUGAGGGCUCCAGCUCCUUCACCUUGUUGUGAGAAGAUGGGAAUGAAGAAGGGACCGUGGACGCAUGAAGAAGAUGAGAUAUUGAUUUCUUACAUCCAACAGUAUGGACAUGCGAAUUGGAGAGCGCUUCCAAAACAAGCUGGUCUAUUGAGGUGUGGAAAGAGUUGCAGGCUUCGGUGGUUUAACUACUUGCGGCCGGGCAUUAAACGGGGGAACUUUAGCAGGGAAGAAGAAGAAACUAUACUCAACCUGCAUAAACUUCUUGGAAAUAGAUGGUCUGCCAUUGCGUCGAGCUUGCCAGGCCGGACAGACAACGAAAUAAAGAACUUCUGGCACUCGCACUUGAAGAAGAGAUCAAGAACGUAUUUUAGACUUGAUGAUUAUCAUCAGCAGAAGCACUUCUCGUCAAAAAGUACUUUUCCAGUUCCAGGGUUAAUUCAUGAGCCUCCUUCCUCUUCCAACCAUGCCGUACCAAUCCCGAACAAUGAUGGUUCCAAGACCAGUAUUGAGGACAUAGAUUUUUGGUACAACCUUUUUAUGAAAGCAGGAGAGGCUCCAGAGUAGUACUGCAUGAUGGAGAUGUAGCACAAUUAGAGUAGGGCAUGCAGAAGAGUUUGAAUUCUUGUUUUCAAUUUUGAGAGGUUGCGUUAAUUGGUUAACAUUGUAACAUAUAUGAACGAGGGGAGAUUUUUCAGUGUAAUCGGAACACGGGAUGGUACAUCACGUGUCAUUAUACAAAUGGUGGGAUAUGUGUAUUAAAAAGUUAAUAACUUAAAAAAUAAAAUUUAUCACCACUUAUAUAAAAA